AGAGGCAGAGGCGACCUCGUCGCUGGCUGCUAACCUGCAGACUGUUUUUGUAAACAGCAGCCAAACAUGGUCAUUACAAGCUGUAUUUUUUAACCGACAACCUCUUUUUAACUAUGGCACAGCCAGCGGAGAAAGCUUAUUACCGCUUCCUGGUGCUUUUCUUUAACUGCCUGCUUACUUUUGGCUCCUACUUCUGCUUUGACAUCCCCAGUGUUUUGCAGGAUCAGUUUCAAGGGAACCUGACAUGUCCCAACGCUACAGUGAUCAAUGGGACGGUGGACUGUGUGGAGGGCCUGGGGAUGACUCCUCAGCAGUACAAUCUCCUCUACGCCAUCUAUGCCUGGACGAAUGCAGUCGUGGUGAUCAUGGCUGGAUUCCUCAUUGACAAAUUGGGAAACCGCUUCGGCGUCUUUCUGUUCUCUUUCCUGUGUGUUCUGGGCUCGUCCCUCUUUGCGCUGGGCUCUCAUUUCAAAGGAACGCCGUACCUGCUGCCACUCAUGCUCACAGGCCGUCUGCUGUUCGGAUCAGGCAACGGAUCUCUGACCAUCGUUCAGAACCGCAUCACAGCCUUCUGGUUCAAAGGGAAGGAGCUGGCUUUGGCCUUCGGUCUGACGCUGGCCUUCUCUCGCCUGGGAUCGGUCCUGAACUUCUUCCUCACUCAGAAGUUUGAGGAAAGAUACGGCAUGCAGUGGACACUGUGGGGUGGGGCUUUUCUGUGCGUGCUGGGCUUCACUUCAGCAGUCAUCGUCAGCGCCCUGGACAAAGUGGGAAUGAGGCAGCUGGGCCUCGAUGGAGCCAUCCAAGAAGAGUCCCGCAAAGUGAGGAUUCAGGACGUGAAGCUGCUGUCGCUGAGAUACUGGCUUCUGGUGCUCACGAUCAUGUUCUUUUACAACGGCAUCUUCCCCUUCAUCGCAGACGCCAGUAAAUUCAUCCAGGAUAAGUACAGCGACUACAGUCAGAAGGAGGCGGCGUACGUGGCGGGCGCUGUCUAUGACAGCUCUCUGGUCCUCUCAGCCAGUGUGGGCAUUCUCAUAGACUACGUGGGUCUGCGGGGCAUCUUCGCAGUGGCCUGUGCCGUCCUCACACUGCCCGUGUUUGGACUCCUCGCCUUCACCUUCGUCCCUCCUCUGGUCUCCACCAUAUGGCUCGGAGUCACAUACUCCUUCGCCGCUGCCAGCAUGUGGCCGUCUAUUCCCCUGGUGGUGCCUCAGGCCACUCUGGGAACCGCCAUGGGCCUGGCUACCUCCACACAGAUGGUUGGGAUCGGAGUGUCUAAUCUCAUUGUUGGACAGAUUCUGGGCAAAUCAAGCGAGACUAAGAUCCCGCUGUGGCGCUGGCAGAGGAUGAUGAUCUUCAUGCUGGCCAACACCAUCGGCUGCAUCGUGACCUCGGUGCUGCUCAACAUCGUUGAUCACAGACAGGGCGGCAUCCUGAACAAGACGACCAAGAGGUCCGGCCAGGCGGAGAGAGAGUCUGACCGACAGCCGCUCAAUCAGGACGAGGAAGAUUCAGACCAGGAAGAGGAGGACGCACAGUCACGCUCCAUCAACUCAUGAGUUUUUAAUGGUAAUUAAAUAUGAGGGAAAUAGAAUUUACUUGAUGUUUGUUUUUGGGUUUUUUUUAAUGCAGUUGCCUCAAAGUAUUCCCAGCAUUUAAAUUUUUGCACAUUUUUUCUAUUGAAAGUUCAGUUUUAAGUGAAAAUCCGUUGUCAUUCAGUCGACCGACACUAACAACACCUAACAAAAUGCAUUGUUUACAGUAGAAGUCAGAGCUGUUAAAUUUGUAUUUCAUUCAAACUGAUGGGAACGGAUAAAGAUUUGGUUUUACCUUUUCCUCACCGGUUAUUAUCGCCGAGUCUCCAUUACUUUGUUUUUGUGUUCACAUUCAGUGUAAAACCUUUUCGAUCUUACAUAAAUCGAUUUGUGUCUUUGUAAAAAAACAAACAAACAAAAAAAAAACAAUUCUGAAGUCAUUCUUGCAGACUCUGGUCAGAUUUUAGACCCAUCUCAAGGGUUGAUAAGACAAACAAGAUAGGACGUCGCAUGCAAAUGACCCUAAACCUCUGUACAAUGCACAUUUCAUCAUUUCGUGAUCCCCCCCCCCCCCUUUUUUUUUCUAUUCAACAGUGGAAAAACAUUCAUGAUAUUGGACUGAUCAAGGAUGUUUCUAAACUUUCAAAAUUAUGUCAAUUCAUUAUGCAGUUGUGCAUUGGCCAUGUUAUGCACAAAACGCCCAGCAGGUGGAGCUCCAGACACAUUUUCUUUUAUAUUCCAUAACUGAUAAAUUACUUUCACUCCACUGUUGUGUUUUUGUCCCUGACUGUUACACAGCUCCUUAGCUGUCCCUUUAACUUCAGUGGAUGGUCUCUACAUCGUCAACAUUUGUUUUUUAGGCUGCUGUGGAUUUUUUGAAGCAGGUCGUUAAGCUGAGAGUCUUCAGAUAAACUCGCUUCAAGAACCAUGAAUUUCCAUUCAAACACACACUAAUCAUCCUCAUGCUUCCAAAUCUGCCUCAAGAUUAGAUUUUGUUUUGUUUUUUAAUGUUUUUACAGUGAUGACUCAUCUACAGUAAUGAAAAAUGGUCUGUGUGAAAUGGGCUCCUGUGUAUACUUUCUA